GUCCCGACUGUGUCACACCGUCAAUCUGUUCUCGACCGUUGAAGAAUCCAACAAGUGUUCUCGCCGCAUAUCCAGCCAAAAAAGUGAAAACUAUUCUCCAAAUUAUCUUGCCGAAACGCGGUUGUAUUCACAUUUUUUAUCGACAUUUUUGCAACUCCGUCGUCCGGAUUCGGUCUUCCGCAAUCAACCAGUGAUACCGUCACCAGUACUCGUAUUUGUGCACAGCGUUUUCUACGUACCUAAGUACCUACCUAUUCAGUGACGGCCAAUAUGAGAUUCGCGAUAAUCGGAUUCUUAGUGCUGGUGAUGGGCGCCGCCGUCAAGGCGCACAUACAUUUCAUAAGACUGGCUCUGCUGGCGGCCAUGGGAUUGGCUGGCAUGUGGAUGAUGCACAAGCUCGCACAAGACUGGCACAAGAUUUCAUCCAGCAGGCCCGCCAAGCCAGCAGCCAUGGCCGGAAAGCUUUUGGGGCUCUGGAAGAGAUCCUUACCCGACGAGCACGUUGACGCGUAUGUCGAAGAGUCACUGACCGAUUUCUACAAAUUUGACGAAAUUCUCAGGCAAGACAGGUCGACUUGUGCGAGGAAAAUGAUAUGUCAAAUCGCGGCUACGCCUGAAAAUCAGCUCAACCAGGUGGAGACCAAUUUGCUCAAACUGCUCAGCCCCACCGAACACUUUGGUGAAAAUGUGGCAAAGAACAUAUUCCGAAAGGCCAUGGACCUGGGACGGAGUAAAAAGGACGUGAAGGCGUGUCAUUCAGAGUAUAAAAAAUGCAGAUUCAACACAAGACAAAUGUUUAAAUUAUUCACUUCGUUCAUGUGACCCGAACUCAUCAUUCCGUGCCCGUUUAUUUUCUGUCGAUUUGAUGUGAGCCUUUAAAUUAUGUGCCAAAUACGUGUAUUAUUACUAUUAUUUUUAUUAUUAUUAUUAAUAUUGUUUUUAUUGUUAUUCAUCAAUUUGACAGUUAAGUGUGUUUUAUGUAAGCAUAUAUUAUGUAUAUUAUUAUCAAAGCUGGGUAAGUUAGUCAUUUUUUUUAACCAAAAAAAGUAAGUUCAUCAUCAUAAAAUCAAUAAAAUUAGAUUUAAAGUUGUUAUAAUAUCUUAAACUUUUUUUAAAAGUUUUCAACUAUAUAGUAAAUUGGAAAUUAGUUGGUAUAACUAUGUACACUACACAAAAGUACAACUAUGUAAUUACCUAUAACUAGACAUAAGUGCUUAAAAAAUGUGAAAAAAAAAAACAAUUUGAAAUAAGAAAUUAACCCAAGUCAUAUAUAAUUUGUUAUAAAACUGAAAAAAAAUAUUUUUAUAUUUAGUUUUAAUUCACAGUUCAGUGUAUUAUACUCUAAAGUGAUGUUAGAAAAUAAUUUAGCAAUUAAUAUUACUGAUUAAGUUAUAAAGUUACCAACAAAGUAACUAUUAUGGUAUUUAAUUAGUUAGUGCUCAGCUUUGAAUAUUGAUCGUAUUUUUAUAUACCCACGUCUAGUUGUAAUUAUCAUUGUCAUUAUUACUAUAUUUUACUAUGUCAAUGUUAUUGUUAUCGCUAUAUGUAUAGUGGACGUGGCACCAUAUAAUAUAUUAUUAUCAUUAUUAUUAUAUUAUAAAACAAUGUUUGGUUAGAUAUUGCACAAAUAUAAAUAUAUAUUUUUUUCAAAAACUUUAGAAGAUAAAUAAUACUUUUAAGAUACAUGUAGGUACAUAUUAAUAUUAUAAUAUUGUCAUGACAUGCCGUGGCUGACCGUUUGGCGUGGCUUUUUUGAGUCCGUUUUCACUGAAUUAUUAUGAACUUAGGCCUUAGGUAAUAUACAAUAAACAUUAAACGUUAAGUAUAUACGUAUAAUAUUAUAUAUUGUGCCCGACUAAACGAGAAUGUUUUCAGUUUAUAAACCAAUCGAGUAGCAUAUUAUUUAUUUUUUUAUUUUAUUUUUAUUGGACUCAAAUAGCCUGGAAAUAAUGGCUAUUACCUAGCUGUUGUGUUCGUUGGUUUUUUAGUGUAGGAUUGUUACUGUGGGAAGGGGUACGGUUGGUAAGAACACGUGAGGCAAGGAUUUGUCAUUAUAGAAUCGGGCCGGUCACCCAUCCGGGAACUAGUGGCACUAGCUGGUACUUGACUUCGGAUCUGAAGCCAACCACUGUGCCACACAUUAUAAUAUCAUGACAUACUAUUAUACACACUUAUAUUAGGAUUAUUAUUAUUAUUAUUAUUAUUAUUACUAUUAUUGCUGUUGUAUUAAACAAUUUUCGUAUACCUACGCAUAAUAUAACCGUUGUGUUGUAAAUAGUUAGCAUAUUAUAUUGCCGUUGAAUAAAACACCCUUUUACAAGUA